AGCCGGGACGCGGAGGAGGAGCCUCUAAGACUGCCUCCCGCCGCCGGGCCGCGCAGGCAGGUGAAGCGGAGCGCAGAGGUUUCAUACACCUGAAAGAAGAGAAUGUCAAGACGCAGUAGCCGUUUACAAGCGAAACAGCAGCCCCAGCCCAACCAGACGGAUUCCCCGCAAGAAGCCCAGAUAAUUCAGGCCAAGAAGAGAAAAACAGCCCAGGAUGUCAAAAAAAAGAAAGAGGAGGUCACCAAGAAACACCAGUAUGAGAUUAGGAAUUGCUGGCCACCUGUAUUAUCUGGGGGUAUCAGUCCUUGCAUUAUCAUUGAAACACCCCACAAGGAAAUAGGAACAAGUGACUUCUCCAGAUUUACAAAUUACAGAUUUAAAAAUCUUUUUAUUAAUCCUUCACCUUUGCCUGACUUAAGCUGGGGAUGUUCAACGGAUGUUUGGCUAAACAUGUUAAAAAAAGAGACCAGAUACGUUCAUGAUAAACAUUUUGAAGUUCUGCAUUCCGACCUGGAGCCCCAGAUGAGGUCAAUACUUCUAGACUGGCUUUUAGAGGUAUGUGAAGUAUACACACUUCAUAGGGAAACGUUUUAUCUUGCACAAGACUUUUUUGAUAGAUUUAUGUUGACACAAAAGGAUAUAAAUAAAAACAUGCUUCAACUCAUUGGAAUUACCUCAUUAUUCAUUGCCUCCAAACUUGAGGAAAUCUAUGCUCCUAAGCUCCAAGAGUUUGCUUAUGUCACUGAUGGUGCUUGCAGUGAAGAGGAUAUCUUAAGGAUGGAACUCAUUAUAUUAAAGGCUUUAAAAUGGGAACUUUGUCCUGUAACAAUCAUCUCCUGGCUAAAUCUCUUCCUCCAAGUCGAUGCUCUUAAAGAUGCUCCUAAAGUUCUUCUACCUCAGUAUUCUCAGGAAAAGUUCAUUCAAAUAGCUCAGCUUUUAGAUCUGUGUAUUCUAGCCAUUGAUUCAUUAGAGUUCCAGUACAGAAUACUGGCUGCUGCUGCCUUGUGCCAUUUUACCUCUAUCGAAGUGGUUAAGAAAGCCUCAGGUUUGGAAUGGGACAACAUUUCAGAAUGUGUAGACUGGAUGGUGCCUUUUGUCAGUGUAGUAAAAAGUACGAGUCCAGUGAAGCUGAAGAUUUUUAAGAAGAUUUCCAUGGAAGACGGACACAAUAUCCAGACCCAUACAAAUUAUCUGGCUAUGUUGGAUGAAGUAAAUUAUGUAAACACCUUCAGAAAGGGGGGACAGGUGUCACCAGUGUGCAAUGGAGGCAUUAUGACACCACCGAAGAGCACUGAAAAGCCACCAGGAAAACACUAAAGAAGUUAACUAAGCAAACAAGUUGAAAGUGACCAAGUAUUGGAUAGAAUUUCAUAGAACUGAACUAAAGUUUUACAGGAAAAUAGUGCUAUGACUGUCCUAGCCAAUUCAGAAGUUUCACUGCCAUUCUUUGAUUUUAAAAAACCACUUAAAAUUGGCACUAAGGAAGAAAUCUGUUUAAAGAAACAGGAGGACUUGUUUACAGAGAUGACUUCAUUCCCAGGGUGACUGAAUAGAAGCCAGCCACGAUUUAUGCCAUGACAAUUUUUUUGAUCUAGUGUUACUAUGUUUAUCUUGAUAAACUAGGAAUUUUAUCAUUGGAGUUUUGGACUAGAUAAAUGCUACCUUAAAGGGUACAUUAAAUGAUACAGUACUUUGAAUCCUAGUUUUUAGAUUCUCAAAAUUCACACACUCUUAACUAGUGCAAUUUGGUUCUUGAAAAUAAAAUUUAAACUUGUUUACAAAGUUUUAGUUUUGUAUUAAGGUGACUAAUUUAUCUACAGCUGCUGUAGCAAGCUAUUAUAAAACUUGAACUUUUACAAAUGGUGAACUUUAAUCUGUUUUUAAACUAGUUUAUUUGCCUUGCCAUAAUAUUUUUAACCAUCAAGGCUUUGAUGAACAUGGUGUUUAAACUGUGCUCUAUACAGUGGGAAUACCAAAGAAAUUACAAACAAGAUAAAUGCUGUGGCUCCCACCUGGGACUCUGACAUAUAGUUUGCUUUAUAACAACUUUUUUGUACAUCACAAUUUGGGUGAAAAACUUAAGUACCCUCUCAAACUAUUUAUAUGAGAAAGUCACUUUAUUACUCUUAAGAUAUCCCUAAGGAUUUUUUUUUUAAUUUAGUGUGACUAAGGCUUUAUUUAUGUUUGUAAAACUGUUAAGGUUCUUUUUAAAUUCCUACGUUAUGAGUUAAGGACAGUGUCAAAGUGAUAAAGCUUAACACUUGACCUAAACUUCUAAAUUUCUAUUUUCUUAAGGCAGAAAAGUAUUAAAUGUAUACUGACUCUUAGAAAUCUAUUUAUAAAAAAAAAAAACUUGACAACAACUUGCUGUAUAUAGACUAGCUACUUCUACAUAAAUAUUUUAAAUUAGCUUUUUAAAAAAAAUUUCAGCCUCAAAUGUGGAUUUAAUUAGAAAACAAAUUA